CGGACUCGUAGUUCUUCGUCUGCCCUAAUUCUUUCUCCGGCCACUUCGCCGUCGUCAUCGGCGGUUACCUGCUGACUCAGUGAGUUCCCGAUGGCAAGACCAAUUAUUCCUUGAUUAGUUUAUUCUUACUAUUCUGUCCUCUUUUCUCUGCUGAUCGAAAGCAGACAGUGAUUGAGAUUCUAUGUAGUAAUUUCUCCGGCCAUGAAUAUCUCAUCAGCCGCUAGGCUGCUCGCGCCGGCAAUCGUUCCGUACAAGUCCCUUCCAAUGGAAUAUUCGUCUCAAUAUCUCGUAGAAUCUCUCCCUCGUCGACUCACAUUACUUUUACAGUCCUGCUCUGACUCAACUCUGCUUCGUCAAGGUAAGCAAGUUCACGCCUUUCUAAUCGUAAACAGAGUUUCCUCUGAGAGCUACAUGGCUGAGAGGAUCUUGGGUAUGUAUGCAAUGUGUGGCAGCUUUUCGGAUUGUGGUAAACUGUUUUACAGACUUGAUUUGCGUCGUGGUAGCAUCAGGCCCUGGAAUUCGAUUAUCAGCAGUUUCGUUCGAAUGCGUUUAUUGGAUAAAGCUUUGUCCUUUUACUUCAAGAUGCUAUGUUAUGGAGUUAGUCCUGAUGUAUCCACUUUCCCUUGUCUCGUCAAGGCUUGUGUUGCUUUGAAGAAUUUCAGAGGGAUUGAGUUCUUUCGCUAUACGGUUUCUUCUCUUGGUAUGGAUUGUAAUGAGUUUGUGGCGAGUUCUCUGAUUAAUGCUUACCUAGAGUAUGGAAAGAUCGAUGUGGCGAGUGGAUUAUUCGAUAAAGUAAGUAAGAAAGAUUGUGUGAUUUGGAAUGUGAUGCUUAAAGGGUAUGCAAAGUGGGGAGCUUCGUGUAGCGUUAUAAAAGGGUUUAGUGCAAUGAGGAUGGAUCAGAUUAGUCCCAAUGCUGUCACUUUCGAUUGUGUUUUAUCGGUGUGUGCCUCUAAGUCAUUGAUUGAUCUCGGAGUUCAGCUUCAUUGUCUAACGGUCGUUUCUGGAUUAGACUUUGAAGGUUCUAUCAAAAACUCACUUUUGUCUGUGUAUUCAAAAUGUGGGCUUUUUGAUGAUGCGUGUAAGUUGUUUCGGAUGAUGUCUCGUGCUGAUACGGUGACAUGGAAUUGCAUGAUCUCUGGAUAUGUUCAGAGUGGACUAAUGGAAGAAAGCUUAGUGUUUUUCUUUGAGAUGAUAUCUUCAGGUGUCUUGCCUGAUGCCAUUACGUUUUCUAGUUUGCUUCCAUCCAUUUCUAGGUUUGAAAACCUUGAGUAUUGUAAGCAAAUUCAUUGUUACAUUAUGAGACAUAGCAUACCGCUGGAUAUAUUCUUAACUAGUGCUCUUAUUGAUGCCUAUUUCAAGUGUAGGGGUGUUUCUAUGGCACAAAAGAUUUUCAGCCAGUGUAACUUAGUCGAUGUUGUUGUGAUCACUGCAAUGAUCUCUGGUUAUUUGCAUAAUGGCUUGAUUGUUGAUGCGUUAGAGAUGUUUAGGUGGCUGGUUAGUGUAGAAAUGAGCCCAAAUGAGAUAACUCUGGUGUCUAUUCUACCGGUAAUAGGCGGUUUGCUAGCCUUGAAACUCGGGAGGGAACUCCAUGGUUUCAUAAUCAAGAAAGGUUUCGAUAAGAGGUGCAAUAUUGGAUGCGCUGUUAUCGACAUGUAUGCAAAGUGUGGAAGAAUGGAUCUUGCUCAUGAAAUUUUUGGAAGACUCUCUGAGAAAGAUAUUGUUGCGUGGAAUUCAAUGAUCACACGUUGUGCACAGAGUGAUAAUCCGAGUGCAGCUGUUGAUAUUUUCCGUGAAAUGGGAGUUUCAAGAAUCGGUUUUGAUUGUGUUAGUAUUUCAAGCGUUCUCUCUGCUUGUGCCAACUUGCCUUCACAAAGUUUUGGGAAAGCUAUUCACUGUUUCAUGUUAAAGCAUUUAGUUGGUUCUGAUGUGUAUAGCGAGAGUACAUUGAUAGGUAUGUAUGCUAAAUGUGGAAACCUAAGAUCCGCCAUAAAUGUGUUUGAGACGAUGAAAGAGAAGAACAUUGUUUCUUGGAAUAGCAUCAUCGCUGCUUAUGGAAACCACGGGAGGCUACAAGAUUCACUCUGUCUAUUCCGUGAAAUGGUUGAAGAUAACAGAGUUUCUCCUGAUCAAAUCACGUUUCUUGAGAUGAUAUCUUCGUGUUGUCACGUUGGAGAUGUGAACGAAGGAGUUCGUUUCUUCAAAAUCAUGACUGAGGAUUACGGAAUCCAACCGCAGCAAGAGCAUUACGCAUGCGUCGUUGAUUUGUUUGGACGAGCUGGUCGGUUAAACGAAGCUUAUGAAACCGUUAAGAGGAUGCCUUUUUCUCCAGAUGCAGGAGUUUGGGGAACGUUACUUGGAGCUUGUCGUCUUCACAAGAAUGUCGAACUUGCUAAAGUUGCUUCGAGCAUGUUAAUGGAGUUGGAUCCGCAGAACUCUGGUUAUUAUGUUUUGAUUUCUAAUGCACAUGCUAACGCUGGACAAUGGGGAGGUGUGACUAAAGCAAGGAGCUUAAUGAAAGAGAGAGGAGUUGAGAAAGUUCCUGGUUCAAGUUGGAUCGACAUCAACAAGCUAACUCAUUGUUUUGUUUCUGGCGAUGAAAAUCAUCCCGAGUAUUCUCAUAUCUAUUCUUUGCUAUGCUUACUUCUUGAAGAGCUGAAGCUAGAAGGGUAUGUUCCAGAGCCUUACCUUCCAAUGCAUCCACAGUCAUCAAGAAAACUAAAUCCAGCUUGAAGAUUCACAGAGAAAGGAACGGUAGAUCCAAACAUAGUAUAGAAAAUGAGGUGUAUAUAUAUUAGUCAAAUGUAAACACUUUUUCAAAUUUAUUGAA